AUGGCGGAAGACUUCGCGAAUUUACUCGCACAGGGUAUAGAAAAACGCGUUUUAUAUGCUGGAAAAGGUGGACAAACAUCAUAUGAAGAUGGAACAAAGCUAUAUUUUCAUUUCCGUACAGAAAUUUGCGAUGAAGAAAACACAGUUCUUGAUGACAGUCAUAAGUAUAAUAAACCAAUGGAAAUUAUUCUCGGGAAGAAAUUCAAACUGGAAGUUUGGGAAACUUGUUUACGAACAAUGAGAUUAAAUGAAGUGGCCUGCUUCACUGUCGAAAAGUCACAUACUUCCGUAUAUCCAGUGGUGUCUAAGACAUUAAGGGAAUAUUAUGGAGAGAAGAAAGCUCACAGUCACAAUGAUAGCGGCCAUUGUUGUGGAAUGAUGAUGGCUGAACAUGGAGUGGGGUUCGAUGACCUAAAUGAACUCAUGAAGAACCCUAAACAGCUAAGGUUUAUAUUAGAAUUGGUAAAAGUAGAGAGACCAGAAGAGUAUGAAAAGGAUUCGUGGACAUUAACAGACGAAGAAAAGUUACAGAGAAUCCCUGUCCUGAAGGAACAAGGCAACAAGUUCUUCUUAGAGAAGAAGUACCCAGAAGCAGCAGAGAAAUAUUUUGAGGCUUUGAGUUUCUUAGAACAACUGGUGCUCAAAGAAAAACCUGAAGAACCAGAAUGGAACUCUCUAGAAGAUAUGAAGACCCCUUUCUUAUUAAAUUAUGCUCAGUGUAAAUUAUUCUUAAAAGACUUUUACCCUGUAAUAGAACACACCUCAACUGUACUGAAAAGGGAACCAGAAAAUGUGAAAGCAUUGUUUCGCAGAGCCAAGGCACAUGUUGGAGCCUGGAAUCCCCUGGAGGCCCGAGAGGACUUCAGCAAGGUCAUGACCCUUGACCCUUCCCUAUCAACGGCAGUCCAGAAAGAAUUAAAAAACUUAGAGGAAUUGCAAAAGCAAAAAGACAGUGAAGAUAGAAAUAAACUAAAAGGACUUUUUAGUUAAUAAAGUUAAUUGUUGUUAAAUGUUUAAAAUUUUUAAAUUCUUUAUGUGUAUUUAAAUUAUUUCCCUGUUAAGGUGCUUUAUAUGAAUUGUUUUAUUUUAAAUUCAUCACUUUACUUAAUUUACCAAUUCAGCAUUAUGGUAAUAACCUUAUUAAUAAAUGAAUCAUCUUUGAAUUUUUUUAUGCAUCUUGAAAAAAAAUAUUAAAGAUUUUUACU